AUGGAUUCGGGCCAGAAAUCUGAUAACGACAUUAUUAAAAAACAACGUCAGAUUGCUGAACGACUGAGAAGAGGACAAGGUCGACCAAUAGAGAAGCCUGAUGGAUCAGCUCCUACUGCUCGUCAGAUUCGACCAAGCACUUUCAAGAAAACAACAACAUCUUCAGUCCUGGCAGCGGCACGCGCAAAGGCGGUAGGGAACGCCGUGGGAAAUAAAGAGACGCAGCCUGACAAUACCAGCAGGAAUAUGAAAGGAAUCAGAAAAACAGCUGGAAAAAGAAAGACAGUGGCAACGGCGCCUUCGCGCCUUGCAAGCCUAGUGCAUAGCGCAGCAAAAAACCCGCAUGAUGACGGAACUGGAUACACUACACCAUAUUCACCGGAAGAUUUCUGGAAAAACAUCAGGGAAUGGUCAUUUGUUAGUGAUAUCUACCGCCAAAUUCAAGGUGUGGAGGACCAGGACAAUCAUCACGUCCCAACCAAGCCCAUACCAGAUACAUUUAUUAGCACCCGUCACUACAUCAUGGCGUGGGGACCAAAAUGUCUUGCAGAGGCUCGGGCACAGCUAGUGUCCGAAGUCUUGACCGAGAGUGGGCAGCGUGACAAUGGUAGAAGUCCUUUUAUUUUGGUCGAAGUUGAGACAACGUGGAAGUCGGGCCGGAAAGCUCGAGGGUUACAUACAGACCUUAUGGACACAGAUGCAUGUCACGUCCAGCUGAAGACAAAAGAAAGGUACAACUUGCAGUUGUAUUGUCACGACAUCUUUGGUCUAGUCCCGGUCGAAAAGAAAGAUAUGGUGGAGAUGAUGCUUAGAGGACGGCAAUCUGAUAAAUCAUCUCUAAAUGGCUUUGAAGAUUCACUGAGUCAGUUUUGUAUGAUUGGCCACUCGGAGACUCAGAGGAAAGAGCUAGAUGGACUGAUCCUGAAGGUUAGCAAGCGGAAAUGGGCUAUCAUAGGUUCCUCGCAAAUGUAUUUCUUCCGCGUUGGAAGCAACAUUACGGCGUUGAGAGAGUUCACCGCCCUCUGUAAGGUAGAUAGUAUUCCAUUGAAGAAGUUCUUGCUGGGUAAUCACCUCAAGUCGGUCAAGGGCUCUGGUUCAUUGGAGUCGAAGAAAAAAUGUGGCCGCGAUAGUUUAGUAGAAGAAAUGGGAGGUGUUAGUGCUUUGGGAAAAGGUUUUACAGAGUACGUGCAGCGAAAAUUCAAUCCAUCUCAACUAAGGGCAAUAUCUGCUGCUAGUAGUGGUUAUGGUGACGGCGGAAUCACACUCAUUAAAGGCCCGCCAGGCACCGGUAAGACUACCAUGCUAGUUGCAGUUUUGAACUCACUCCAUAUUCGACAGUACAAUAAGUAUUACGAAGAGGUUCGCCGAAUCGCGGCUAUGCAAUCUGGUAACCGUCAAGCUGCAUUAGAUAUUGCUCGAAAGGCGAAACCAAGGCUACUUGUAUGUGCGCCAAGCAAUGCUGGUGUCGAUAAUGUUAUCCUUCGCAUAAUGGAAGAUCGUUUUGUCGAUGGGAGUGGCCAAAGAUACAAUCCAAGUAUGAUAAGAGUCGGCGUUGGUCAGUCUUCUGUCGUUCGCGACGUGGCUCUGCAGACAAAGGUAGAUCAGAUUCUUUCUGAUACGGAUGCUGGUCAGUUGGACAAAUCAAUUGCAGGCUUUCGAAUGGAAUUGCAAAGAAUCAGCGGUGAUAUCGCGAAAUGUAGGCGAAAGGUUCAUGCAAUUACGAAUGCAGCACCCUGGCCCCUAGGUAGAGACUGGGAAAUACGCUGUCUUAACGAUGAAGACGUCGUUAGCUCUACAAGUCGAGUUUACUUUGUCAACCACAAGGAACAUAGAACAACCUAUGAGUGUCCCCCGCCUCCAGAACCGGGAGAAAAGCAAUUCCAUGCAACAUCUAUGCCAGAAUAUAGAACUUUCAUGACCCGGAUAGUCAAGCUCGUAGAAAACUACUUUGCAGUCAAAAGCAAUCUGGAAUUGAACACUAUCGUCAAGGGAUCUAUGGAGAAUGGUGCAAACCAGUUUGCCGUCCGACAAGCUCUUGAAGCGCAUGUGUUGAACUCGGUCCAUAUUGUGAUGACCACUCUUGGGUCAGCUGGUAAUAGAGUUCUAGAGAAUGCAGAUAAAUUUGAGGUUGUGGUUGUUGACGAAGCCGCGCAAUCAGUAGAGCCAUCAACACUUGCAGCGCUCCAAUUGGGGUCUCAUCACUGUGUUUUAGUUGGCGAUACAAAUCAGCUACCUGCGACGAUUUUCAACCUUAGUGGUCGCAAUAGCAAGUAUGACCGGAGUCUCUUUCAAAGACUGGAAGAGUCAGGGGAAGAAAUUCACAUGUUGAAUGAACAGUAUCGCAUGCACCCUAUGAUAUCUCAUUUUCCUCGUACUAUCUUUUACGGUGGUCUUCUUAAAGAUGGACCAAACGUCAAGAGGGAGGAAUAUGGCAAUCCGCUGCUCAAGAUCAUACAAUCACAAGCCCCUCAAUUACAGCCUUUCUCCGUCUUGGAUUUGGAUUCCAAAGAAGAACGGGGGGGCACGAGUUUAUCAAACUCAACAGAAGCACAUUUGGUGAUUCAUUUGUACACUUCUCUUCGUGACAUGACCAACGCAAACAGUGAAAUCAUGGGGCGAGUGGCCGUCGUCACGCCGUAUAGCCAGCAAGCAAAUCUCUUGAGAGGACUGUUUCGAAAUCUCCUCGGACCACAAUACACCAACUCUGUCGAGGUAGGCACCGUAGACUCGUUUCAGGGCAGAGAGGCGAAGAUUGUGAUUUUUUCAGCUGUUCGUGCAGCAGGCAGCCACGGAAUCGGUUUCCUAAGUGACGUAAGACGCAUGAAUGUGGCUCUGACACGGGCGAAGCAUUUUCUCUUUGUCAUCGCUCGCUGUGAUUCAAUUGUCGUGAAUCCAUACUGGAAUGAAUUGAUCGAACAAGCAAAAGGGCAAAAUGCUGUUCUAAAGGUGCAUUCCUUCGGUGAUGACCAGCAAGUGACUUCUGGGAAGAAUCCAUGGUUUGGAAAUGUGAAGGACUGGAAACAAGAUGGAUGCCAAACAGUGAGAAUGUCAUCAGAAGUUUCUACCAGCAUCGCCAUGACCAUAAAACCAUCAGAUCCAAGAAAAACAAAAGCUUUUGGUAAUACCAAGAAAGUCAAGAAACCUUCAGAUCCAAGGAAAAAGGGGGUUUCUACGAUUGCCAAAGAACCAAAGAAGCCUCCAGGUGCGAGGUCGCCCAAGAAACCUUCAGAUCCAAGGAAACGAAAGCGGGUUUGA